AUGCCUCCGAAAAAGAAAGGCAAAGGUAAAAAGAAGAAAGGUGACGAUGAUAGUGAAAUGGAAGUGAAGUUUAAGCAAAGUCAACAUGAAGUUGACGCGUUGAAAGAUCAAAUGGCGUAUCGCCGCGAAUUAUCACGUCGAUCUGAGGCGACCGCUGCUGAAUAUCGUGAAAAAAUGCAAGUUGCAGAAACGAAAUAUGAAACCGUACAGAGCGAUAUGAAAGAAAUUUCGUCGGAAUUGACAAAACAAUAUAAAACAAUGCAAUUGGAUUUGCACUUCAAGAUUGACCAGUACGAAAACGAAUUAGCGAUGGUUAAAGGUCGAUUGGCUCAGACUGAUCAAGAAGUUUCAAAGCAAAAGAUCGAGUACGAUCGAAUGGUUCGAGAGAAAGAUCAAGAAAUACGAAAAUUAGAGACGAAAGUAUCGAAUUUGGAAACCUCGUUCGAAAAUUUAAUCGAUAUUAAUUUCGAUAACAUCCUCGCCCGAUUGAAUGCACAAAAAGUAAUGAUGGAUAAACAGAUCGAUGAUAUUCUUCUGAAAAAUAAAGACUCAUUACGUGAACAAAAUCUCAUUCCUCUUGAAAUGUAG